CAGCAGUGAGGCUUCGACCCGUUCCUCCUAUCCUCGACGUUAUCACAUCUCUUCACCUUUUUUGUUUCGCUUCUUGUUUUCGCCCACAGAAUAAGAAAAAGGCUGUCAGUCAUCCCCAGGGCACCAGCGGGAUACUGCAGCCUGUUCCGGGCUCUGACCAUUCCUCGUUCACCCUUUUGCACCUGUACCCAAUCUUUUCAAUUCGUUGUUUUCCACCCAAACACCACUUUUUCAGCCCGCCAGGUCGCUGGACAACGCAGCAACGACAACAACUCAUCUUCUCCCCUUUUUUCCCGGCUUCUUCACACUCGCUCGCCCUGUUGGAUUCCAAAUUAUCGAACCGCCCAAGUGCCUCGACUUUUCGGCUCACCGAUUCGUCCAAUGCCGGUAAACCCCUGAAAUUACGCAUCUUCAGUCCUGCAUAUGCAACUUGCCUGACUGCGAAGCAUUGCCACUUACCUGGUCAACUUGUCGUCACCUUUUUGUCCAUCGCCCGCCCUACGGUCUUUCCUUCUUACUCACUUGCAUUCUGCGCUUUUGUCACUUAAACAAACACCCUAACCACCGCCUGGGCGAUCAGUCAACUAUUGUUGAACAGAUGAAAAGAACCCACGACCCGACUUUCUACCAUCUUUGACACUCUGGCACCAUGCCAUUUUUCUCCAAGGUCUUCAAGAGCAAGGAUGGCCAGGUCAAAAAGGCCACAGCGCCUGUCGCAAACGGAGACUCCCACAAGAAGCCUCAAUGGUCAGACGCAUGGGCGCGGACGAGGGUCGAUCCCGACGAGGUGUCUGAGCUCCUGCAUCUGUGCACGGCCGAGUUGAAGUCGAGAGCACUCGACAUCCCUUUCUUACUACUACCAUUUCGUCCUUCGUCCGACCCUUCUGCUGCGAGAACUUUUGUUCGCAAUUUCUUUCUGCCGCCUCACGAUCGAGAACCUUUACGGGGUUCCUUUUUGGAAACGGAGCUUCGCAUGACGGAGGUUAUGGUCCUGAUAAGUGUUAUGAAAUGGUGCUGGGCCCGCUUGCCUGGGGGCAUUGUAACAUGGGAGGUCUACGAGGCGUUCAGAGUCGGAGAAAAAGACUCUAGCUUUGCGCGCGACGCGUUCAGCACAUUCAUUCCAAUUGGCGUUGAGGCGCCCGCUCGCCUUCAAAUCAUUCAAGACUUUUUCGACCUCCUUGCUUCACUUGCAGCACAUGGCAAAGCUAAUGGGCUGGGCGGCCACAAAGUUUCAAGAUAUGCUGGGUGGUGGGCAUUUGAACAUUACGAUGCAGGAAAAGGGUUUGAGUCUGGAUAUCAAUCCUGGUCAAAUGCUGCCAACGCAACAGCUCAUCUCUUCUUCGCCUAUCUGCGGUCCAUGUCGCCUGGCGCGGGCAAAGCAAGCGGAAUCCUGAGCCUUCCGAGGUCGCUGCAACAACUUCUUGACUCGACCACCUACCCUCCAAAGCACGCUCUAUUAUCGAAUGAUACCACAAAGGUCGUCAUGAUUGUUGACGUAGUGUCGCCAACCCCAUACGCUUUAUUGCGACGGGCCAAGAACUUCGAAUAUCGAGACGAUGAUCGAGGACUACAACAGUUUGCCAGUUAUGACGACCCGGUACAGGCUCUUACCGAUGAAUGUCGGCGCGUCCUCAAGGCAAUCUCUUCUGCCAACCAAUCCCAAGUCUCCAAUGCGAAAACUUCCACAAGCUUGACAGACCCGUCCUGGUCACGAUUUGAAGACAUCGGGUUUGGCAGCUCCCUCGAGGAUGAUGAAGAAGACGAUGAGGGGCUGCUUGGUCGCAGAGUUGUCUCGACGCGACCUAUGCAUGCCUCAGCUCGGGGAGGGGGAUAUCAGGAUCUCGCUCGACCAACAACUCCCUCGUGGGCUGAUUUCCUUUCCUCUGGAUUUGCUGACGAGCACGGCAACAAAGCCCCCGCACCUAUUCUACUUCCCCCUGACAAGAUUCUCCCUCCUAUUCAUACAACUGCGCCUAGAGGACAAAGUUCGCAGUCACACCGGAGAAAUCUCGACACCCAGCUGAACCUAGAUCCAGGUGAGUUGGCUAGCAUUACCAAGGUCAAUGUCGAUGAUUCCUUUUGGUGGGUCUGGAUCAGUAGUCUUGCUUCAGAGGAGCCAACCUCGCGAAAAGCUGUGUUCGGUCGAUGCGCCCUGAUCGAGACUAUUUUCCCAGAUGACAGAUGGAUGGUGAUGGAGGAGCAGGUCAAAGGCGCUGCACCAGAGCCUGCGGCCGGAGCGUAUAUCGCGGAGAAGAAGAAGACGUUCCUGGGAUUCACAACCAAACGCGGUCGGAUAACCCGAAGGGGUUCAGGUUCGAAGAAGAGCCCUCUCUCGCCCGAUGUCCAACUCUCGGGCAAUAGAACCACGCUCGCCCCAGAUCAACAGGCUAAGAUCCAAAAAGCUGCGGCCGAGCUAUCUAGGAGAAAAGAGGCCGAGCAAAAGGAGGAGCAAGCGGCUCUGGCGACUCGUCGCGGACGUAUGCAAGAACCCAUUCUAGCGUCCAAGACCAACAGCAUCUUUACACUGGGUCCGUUGAUCAAGGACGAGGCCUCGCCAGCAUUACAAUGGGCAAGUCAAUAUGACAAGAAGGCGAUCCGGGCUAAGUAUCUGGGCGACUCACUUGCCGGGAAAGGCUCUCGUGAGCUGUUGAACGUGCCUCAAAAUGGCCUCGGCAUCACCAGGUCAACUUCGACGCUGUCUGUGGUCAGCAAGAACAAAGACCUCCCGCCAUCACCGGCCGAAAGGCCGACACGUCCGGCUGUUAUUGAAAGAUCCCAGUCUACUGAGCCUCCCAUAGCACCGCCGGUUGUCAUUGAGGCUGCUCCAAUCCCUGUCGAACCGACCGAUCCAGUCCAAACUCAAGCGACAACAGAGGCAGCAGAAGUGCCUCUGCCUCCAACCACGCCGGAGAUUGUGGAGAUCCAGCCCGUCAAGCCUCAACCCACCAAAUUGAGGAAAUCUCUCGACCAGCAGCCUCGUUCUCCCGAGCAGAAAAAGCCGAGAGGAAAGACUCCGACGGGCCCCCCUCCUGUGCAGAAAACUAGUGGUAUUCGGCGUCUGUUUGGGACUAAGCGCUCCAAGUCACGGGAGUCCAGAGUCCCAGAACCCCCUGAAUCACCAGUCAACGUGGACGAAGAUCCGGCUGUUGCUGCAGCUAGACGUGCCCUGGAGGGCAAACCUGCGCUUCCCGCCGAAGGCUCCGCUUCGCCUCCUCUCAGUCCUGGCCACUUCCAUCGCCUCGCAACCGUUAAGGCUUCCCAACCUCAACCACCGAGUGUGAACGAAGCGCCAAAGACGCCGCAAAUGACCGCUGCGUCUAUACAAAGAGAAGUGACCCCGGAACCGUCUACGGAACACAAUGGGUACGGCGAAGUCGUUGCGCCACCCCGGACACGCCGCGAUGAAGAAUAUGAUCAGCUCUCUCGGGUAGACACAAACGAGCGUGAACAUGCUGAUCGUGAAUUCUCGACCUUCGAUCAAGGUCCUCUGGUUGAUCAGCCAGCUUUCGUGCCUGUGGACACGCCACCGAGAGAAGAGUUUUUGACACCCAUCGAGGAGCCUCCCCAUGCGCCUGUCAGCCUUCAUUCCGGACGGUCGUUCCAGCAAACGGAGAGCUCGGUGGAGGAGGACGAUGGACCAGCCCUCACGCAACAGGUCAGUCCUGGAGACCGCUGGGCCCAGAUUCGACGGAAUGCGGCCGAGCGAGCAGCGAGACAAUCAGAGGAGCAGACUUCACGGAGUCGUACGGAGACACGAACCGACGAUGGAGAAACCAGUGGGGAAGAGACGAUUGAAUCACGGGUUGCACGAAUCAAGGCCCGAGUGGCUGAAUUGACUGGAAACAUGGAUGGCGCCCGACGAUAACUCCAGCCACCAAAUGAGAAUGACCAGCAACAAGCAUACCACAUAUACAACUCCGGCGGCACAUAGUGCAGUCAUAUCCGAUGCCAGUUCCCUUUUGCUCCCAUUCGCGAUCGAGUUUUGCACAGAAAAGACAGCAAGGCGUUAUGUGUGUAUUGGAUUUUGGGGGUUGCAGCUUAUGUGUGUCCAAGAUACCACCUCCGCGUUACUCGGCGCCGAUGAUUAUCUUUCUCUCCUUUCCUUUCUCGUUUGUGUGAGCGUUUGGCAACAUGAUCCGCCUGAGCUGCGGGACAGCACAUUAAUAAUACACCUUUCACAUUCUUUCUUUUGUUCUCCCCUGUCAACUGCGUUGGUUGUGGGUACACGAGGUGGGAAAAUUAAUAAGCCGUUUGAUAUUGGUUUGCGCUUGAGGGCAUAGACACGUGGCGACAGACUUUGUUGGGUGCUCUUCGUUGAGCUAUUUGGGGAUAUUGAAGACUGCCGGGGGCAUGGGGUGAGAAGGGAGUUGCCCGAGUGCGGGCACUGCAGAUGGAUGUCAAGGUGGAAGCAAUAGAAGACAUGGCGCCCUUGAUUCAUUGAGAACAUGGGAUGGAAGGAGAUACUAUUUCGACUUGCCAAUCCCUAGAUACAUGCAUCGGAGGGCGGCAUGGACAAUGACCGACCAAAUUCAAACAGCUCUGGGAUCCCAAAUUAUGUUUUCUCUUUCUGUCAUUGCAUUCAUUGGCG